CCCCAUCACUGUCAACUCAAAAAUCAUUGUCAAACAUCUCCAUUUCUACAAGCGAUUAUACACGUCUUUCCGCACGACCAGAGAUCAAGAAAUCCCGUAGCCUCGCCAGCCUGAAGCACACAAUGUCAACCGCCAAACCGUCUCGCGUCAAAACCGUUCAGUCCUCACGCAUAGGUGUGCCGUCCUCAGCAGUCUACAAUCCCAGCGACCACUACGUCCCCUGCAUGUCCGAAGGCUGCCAGGCGCACUACAUUCUCAGCAUGCUCUCGCCCAGCUUCUACGCACCCAGCAAGCCGUACGGCCUGGUCAAUAAACACGGCCUCUGCCCCUCCCACGCUUUCAAAGACCGUCAGCUCGCGGAGGCCCACCUGAAAUCCGAGAAUGGGCGACUGCGCGCAACGGCAGGACGAAGGACUAUGAGAGAAGUUCAGCAACUGUUUGAGCAGCACGUCAAAGACAUGGUACGAGGCCGUGAGGCGGAUUCCAACGCGCUACUCCGACACCAAGAAGCGGUUCUGCAUUCGAAGGCCUUCAAGUACUACGAGCGGCCGUGCACGAAAGAGAAUUGCCAGCGUCCGUGGUACAGCGUCUAUGCGGCGUCUUUGUUCAAGAUGUACAACACUGUGGACGAGAACGGCAUCGGCAUGCUGACGGUCUACUGUCCAAGGUGCGCGACUGCAGAAGUGGACGAGGUGGACAGCAAGAUUGAGAGUGCAAAGUUCAGGUGCAAGACCGACGAGGAGUUUGCAAGAUUCGUGACCGAGUUGAGGCGGCGGAGGGCGGUACAGAUUGAGUUCUGGGAGAAAGCUCAAGUGCGGGUGAUGCUCCAGAAGGGUGUGAAGCCCAAGAUCAUCGCCGUGGAAGAUCCUCUAGAAGAUGAUGACAAGCUCGAGGGCAAAGGAGUUGAAUUUGUUCGGGAGGCUUGCAGUGUUAUGUAAAGCUUCAGGCCACUCAAGCUUUCUUGAACAGAAAGUGGCUGUCCGCAAAUUCGUGCUUCUGAUUCAAAAUUUCCUAUCCUCGAGGUGCACACUCUUUCUGUGCUUGUGUAGGCUUGUCUGGCAUGCCUGAGGUCUUUGGAAAGCUCUCAGAAACUCUAAAAUGUUAGUUUUGGCAAGCCCGAUAGCUCUCCGGGCCACCUUGGACGGUAUGGACUGCUGCUGUAUGUUCCGCGGAGCCUGCCACUGGCCUUGCAUCUUCAAUUUCACAUGCAGC